CAAUGCUUCUUCUGUCGAGAAACGUGGUUACUUAGCGUGUUAGCGUGUGGCAUGGCGGUUGUGAAGAACGGUUGUUAGUGUGUUUUAUUCUUAUUUGUUUGUUGUAAGAGUCUCUUUUGACAAUGACCGAGGACACACAGAGCGGGAAGCUGCUCGCGCUCAACCCCAAAGAAGACCUCGAGUUUCAGAAAAAAGUGAAGCAAGUGAAAAAGCGACAGAAAACGGAUUUAACUCCAGGUGUGGUGUAUGUGGGUCACCUUCCCCAGUCACUCGCCGAGCCACAGCUCAGAGAUUACUUUUCUCAGUUUGGCCGAGUCCUGCGCUUGAGGCUCUCCAGAAGUAAAAAGACUGGCCGGAGUAAAGGCUAUGGCUUUGUGGAGUUUGAGUGUGAUGAAGUGGCCAAGAUUGUGGCAGAGACUAUGGACAACUACCUCAUGGGAGAAAGGCUGAUCAAAUGUCAAUUGGUGCCGCCCGAGAAAGUCCAUGAAAAGCUCUUUGUUGGUUCUCAGAAAAUCUUUAAGAAGCCCAUCCGGCCUGCUGUUGCACGUUAUAAUAGAGCCCAUGGCCCAGAAGAUAUGAAGAAACUUGCUGGAAAGCUCCUAAGCAAAGAAGCAAAGCUUCGCAAGAGACUGGCGGAAAAGGGCAUCGACUAUGAUUUUCCAGGAUUUGCAGCUCAGGUUUCAGCAAAGAAAGCUCUGUCAGAUGCUGAUACAUCAGUCUGCAGUGAGGACACCACACCGGUUUGUACACCUUCAGUCCUGGAGAGGAGGCGGUCUAUGAAAAUCACGGAUGAUGAUGUAGAUGAUGAAAUUGUUCUCAAAGUCCCGCCAAAGAACAGUGAAGACGUUGAAGACUCUGACACAGAGGAGGAAGAUAAUGAUGAUGAUGAUGAUGAGGAAGGAUCAGCAGAGAAAGAGUCAGAUGCUGAUGAGGAUUGAACCUCUAUUCUGAAGAGGGACUAAAGAGCUUCUAUCAAGAAAAUGGGCUUAAUUACAAAGUCUAGAGUUGUAUUCGGAUGUUUCUCAGUUCCGCUCAAAAAUGGAGAGGCGUUACCUACACGGCUCAUAUAUUGGUUUAUAUGAACUAAGGAACUGUUUCAACAUUUGUAUAUGAUUGAGAGAUUUUUUUUUCUGUGUACGUCUUCUCUGGCUAGUUCUUGGAUGUGGUUUAUCUGCUCAGAUUUGUUAAAGCAGUUCAACCAUAAAAUAUCCCUAAAAUGGCAUAAAAUGUACAGACAGCCUUUAAAAUGAAUCCUCUUAUUCAGAAGCAGAAACUAAAUGGUAGGUGUUAAGUCACAUUUUUCAAAUGUGGUACCGCAGUCACGUGUGCUUGGGUCCAUUAUACUAUACAAGAGCAAACUAACAGAACCGUGUAAUUAUUGGAUUUGGCUUUAAGGUAAAAUAUUAGACUGUAUUUGGAGGAAUGCCAGUUCUGGAAAAUCUAAAUAAUAUUUUUUUUCAUAUGUAAUAUCAAGUGUAUUAUAAUACUUGUGCAAAUAAAGAGAAAAUAAGCAAG